ACCGCAUCACUGCAUGACGUUGAGCACACCGAUUCCAGUCCGACCAGACUCUACUUUUCCGCAAUAUUUGCAUGAAAAGAAUUUCCCUCAUUUACAUAGAGAGCGUUUCCUUUUCGGCACGAAAGCAGGUGUGCUGUUUACAGUUUACAGAUAGCCCUCUGUACAGUUUGACCUCACAUACGGAAACAAUGGAGUCUUUUCCAGAUGGCUGUCCACACCCUAGUAUCCCUGUAGAAACUGAUGAGUCUAUGUCCUUGUCCUCUCUUAAUCUUUCAUGGCCGGCAUGCCAGCGUUGCCAGUCAUACAACCCUGGCCCUAGAGAAACAGGCAAAGCGAAUACGUUCAGUCCUGUAGUGUCGAUCGAUGACAGAAGCAGUCUGGAUUACCCAGGUGGAUACUGCCGGCUUUCUCACAGCGAUGUAAGGGUCACUCGAACUGAGCUUCCUGUCAUCAAUAUGUCCCUAAUUGAUUCAGUAGACACAGACAGCUUUACAGGCCUGCCCAGUCAAUAUCUGCCUAAAAGUGCAAGAAGAGGCCCUCCUAUUAGAGACCGCAUAGAAGACGUGUGUGAAGAUUUCUCUGGACUUGAUCUUCAAAAUGUGCCUGUCCCAUAUCCACAUAGCCACAACCCUGUGAGUGAGAAUGAAGAAAGUCUGGAAAUGCCGUUUUCUCUUCGCUCUGACCUGGGGGAGAAUUUAUGCAGACAUUCUCAGGCAAAACAGCAGAGAUGCUAUGGUCAAUACCACCCAGAGGCUUUAAAUGGCUUCCAGGGUAAGCACGAGCAGCCACAGGCCAACUGUCCACUGUACCAUCAGUUCCCACCUCAGCAUGCCAAGAAUCAACCUCUGAAAAGGCCUUUACCUAGACACGUGACCCCCCUGAGGCCACCUCAGGUUACGCCCCGUCAGAGCACGGCACCUGUUAGAGAGCUUAUAUCGGAGGUGUGCAUCUACCCGUCCCAACCAGGUUCCGUUGGCCAACCCCAAGCAGUAAAACGCACCAUCAGUCUGCCUGAUGACUGCAGGGAUGUUUUCAUAACAUACUCAGUGGAUAUUGCUGCAGAGUUGAUGCCCUUUGUGAGUUUUUUGUUAAAUCAAGGAUUCAGACCAGCGAUCGAUAUAUUUGAAGACAGAGUGAGACAAAUGGACAUCAAUAAAUGGAUGGACAGCUUUUUAAAAAAUAAGUCGGUGUUAAUCAUCAUAGUGAUCAGCCCCAAGUAUAAAGUAGAUGUUGAAGGAGAUGGAUCUGAUCAACACGGAUUACACACUAAAUACAUACACACUCAGAUCCAAAAUGAAUUUAUUCAGCAAAGAUGUCUCAACUUCAGACUGGUGCCAGUGCUUUUCCCCAGUGCUAACCAGAGUCAUGUUCCACUGUGGUUGCUGAGCACUCGUCGGUACAGGUGGCCUGAAGAUGCUGAGGACCUGAUACUGCGUUUACUCAGGGAAGAGAAAUACAUCAUCCCUCCAUUGGGCAAAGAGGUUACACUUACCAUCAAACCUCUAUAAACCCCUCUAUGCAUUCCACCAAAUGUAGAUAUUCACUGUAAGAUUUUGAAUAAAACGUAAUGGAUGCAGUGGAGCAAUUUACAAGUUACUCCUUUAUAUGGUUGCUUUUCCUUUAUUUUUUUUGUACUAUAGGUAUCCUAAGUGUGAUCUGUAACCCAAUAGUUCAUUUAAAUUUUGAAAGUGAUUAGGUUAUAAGUUCUGUAUACAUUUAUAUAUAGUCAUUUAAGGGAGUGUAUAUUCUCUACUGAUUACAAUCACAGAAAUUACAUUGAUUUUUCAAAACUUGUAAUAAACACAAAUCAUUGAUUAAAUAAUGCAGUUUUAUUGUUUAAUAAAUACCUUUCUUUUUUAAUGUAUUUCUAUGGGAUUCUACUUUAUUUGCUGUAGUUGUGGUUUUAAAACGUGCCUGUGCAAACUACAUGAAUUUGCUUAAAUUAGCAAAUGUAAUUUAAAAAUGAAAAUAAAUAGGCCUAUAUAACCA